UUGAAAAUGGCGGUGGGCAGACACCAACGUUAGAAUUAAUACUUUUUAAGCUGCUUGUUUGAAGAAUUGACACAUUACAAACAAGCGAAGACUGGGAAAGAGUUAGUUAUAAAAUAUUUUCGAAAGUAAUCCACCAAUGGAAACAAAAUAUACGAUGAGUGGCACGUUUUAGGUAACGUUAGGGAAAAUCUUUGCAGCCAUCAACUGGGUAGCGUUAGUUGUAAUUGCAGGGUUGGACAUUUCCAACUGCUAUAAGGUCUCAAAAUAAUCAAAACUUUCCACUGUCAAUCACUUCUCUCUAUUGACAGAAGUAUAAGAUCAUUGUGAAAGCGGUUCGGUGAAGCUCUCGUUUUGACAGUUUUUGCAUCUGAAUGUAUGCAUACAUAAUCGUUAUAAAGCUAGUUGCUUGCUCGCUAGCAAGUAAGAAAUUAGCUAUCUUGCUAGUUGACUAGCUGGCUAGCGUGAAGUUGCCUGGCAUUCGGAGAUUUGACAGCAAAGCGACAGAACAGGUAAAUGCCAUUGCCAACAGCUCUGCCAUCUCAGCAGUGGGAUGGUGAUUCAUGAAGGUAAGGGCAUGACACUGUAGCCCUAUCUCCACCUGACCAAAGCCUGCCUGCUUCUGCCCCCACUGCAAAGGACUACAUCCACUGCAGCCACCCAUGAUUGCCAUUCUGCAGCCAUAGAUCAAAAGGUGUGCUGAAGCUCAACAUGAGUGCCCCUGAUGACAGCACACUUGAACCUGCCUCCCGCAAAAGAAAGGGCUCACCAUGCGACACAUCUGCGCAGAGCGUGGAGAAACAGAGACGGGAACUGGAGUGUCGCUACAUAGAUGAGCUGGCAGAAUUACUUUCGGCCAACAUGGGUGACAUUGCCAGCUUGAGUGUCAAGCCAGACAAGUGCCAGAUUCUUAAAAGCACUGUGGAUCAGAUUCAGCAGAUCAAGCAUCGUGAGCAAGAAAUGGCACAGAAAGCAGAUCUAGUUUCUUCAGAUGAUGAGGUGCAGAAGAGUGACAUAUCAUCAAGCAGUCAAGGAAUGGUGGAAAAAGAGGCUCUUGGACCACUGUUAUUAGAGGCCCUGAAUGGCUUCUUCUUUGUGGUGAAUCGAGAGGGUCGGAUUGUUUUUGUGUCUGAGAAUGUGACCAGUUACCUGGGCUACACCCAAGAAGAACUGAUGAGCUCCAGUGUCUAUAGUAUCCUUCAUGUCGGUGACCAUAAUGACUUUGUGCGAAGUCUGCUGCCUAAGAGCUUGGUGAAUGGAGUGCCAUGGCCUCAAGAAUCAGGUCGAAGGAACAGUCAUACCUUUAACUGUCGUCUGUUGAAGAGGCCACCAGAUGAGGUUGACUCAGAGAACCAGGGAGCACGUCAACAGUAUGAGUCUAUGCAAUGCCUCACUGUGUCUCAACCUCGGCCUAUGUUGGAAGAGGGUGAAGAUCUGCAGAGCUGCCUCAUCUGUGUUGCUUGUCGAGCACCCCGUCCACAACAGGCCCCUGUUGUUACAGAGUCCUUCAUCACAAAGCAAGACCCAACAGGGAAAAUAAUCUCCAUAGAGACGAGUGCUCUAAGAGCCACUGGUCGGCCAGGUUGGGAGGACCUGGUCAGGAAAUGCAUCUAUGCCUUUUUCCAGCCCCAGGGCAAGGAGCCCUCCCAUGCCAAGAAGCUCCUUCAUGAGGUGAUGACCCAUGGUACAGCCAUCAGUCCACUGUACCACUUCAUACUCAGUGAUGGAACUGCUCUCAGUGCCCAGACGCGUUGCAAGUUUUGCUGCCCUCCUAAUCCUGAUGUACAGCCCUUCAUCAUGGGCAUCCACACUAUUGACAGGGAACACAACACUGCUUGCUCUCAGGAAAACUCUACCCCUCGCCUCCCACCAUCCCUCAGCAGUUCCAGCCAGUCUUUUUGUUGCUCCCCUGCUAUCCAAACAGCCAGUGAAAUUGUCAACACCCUACAUCUGAACAAUGGCAACAGUUUCAAUACAGGCCUAGCCACACCCACUACCCAUGGAGGGUACCUGACCCCAAGUCUUGGCCUGCAACAGGUCAGCAGCCCCUCUCCAUUGAACAGUCCCCUCACAGUGACCCCUACCUCUUUCAUGUCUCCCAGACCUCCACAAGGGAGCCCUGGUCUGGGCAGCCCUCAUGUGCCUGGAGGGCACCCUUUCUCCCCACUUUCUUGUGGACCAGGCGGCCUGCACUCUCCAGCAAUUGUGCUUGCUGGCCAGCAGAUAGGUGGAGAAGAAACAGGCACCACCAUAAGCUUCUCCCUUCCUGCAAGACAAACACUCACCCCUACUAGCUCGCCGAUUUGUAUACCACCAGGAAAACCCAUGGAGGAGGCACAGAUUGGGGAUGGUGGCUCCAAAGUAGCUGGGCUGUGCAACCUGAAACUCAAUCAGUUGCUGGAUGGGGGAGUGUUGCUCUCAAGUAGCCAGGCAGCUAAUCAAGAGCCUUCUCAUCUCCCACCUCUAUCUGUCCAGUGUCCUGCCUCACACAGUACACUGACGGAGCGGCACAAAAUUUUGCAUAGUCUUCUACAAGAUAAUAGCCCCGUGGAACAGGCUGAUGCCAACAGGAAGGAGCUUGACAUCAAGAAAGAGCCUCCAGUCAGCCCUAGUCUGGCAACUCUCCCUAAUUGUGGCUCCAGGGAGCCUCAAGACCACCAAUUGUUGCGCUUCCUCCUCGACACAGAUGAGAAGGACCUGGGAGACCUGCCCCCACCAGCUGCUCUCAGUCUGCAAACAGUACGUGUGAAAGCAGAGAAGAAAGGAAAUGGAGGAGCAGAGAGUGCAUGUGCUGCAAACACAGCCAUUAACUCCCCAAAAGAGAGUGAGAAGACCAGUAGCUCGCAAUUUUCUACUUCUGACUCAGAUACUCUCAACCAGCUGCUACCAUCCAUUGGGGCUAUUGAACGGAUAAAGGCAGCAGAGAAGGGACCCCCCUCUCCUGCAGAGGACAAUAAAACAAAAAGUGUCAGUGUCAAGGAGGAGCCCCCUGGAACACCAGGCCAUGGGCGCCCUAAGGAAGAAAUACCAGAUGUACAGCCUUUCCAGCCAGUGGCCUUGGAUGAUGCAUUACCCUUUGACAGUAGCGUGGUAUUCCCAACACCGUCUCAUUUGCCUUCGCCAGAAGAGCAGUGUGUUCCUUGCCCAAUGGAUGAGAUGCUCUGCCCUCCCACAACCCCAGAGGGACGCAAUGAUGAGAAGGCCUUGCUGGACCAGCUGGUAUCUGUCUUGAGUGGCACAGAUGAGAGUGAACUUGCAGAGUUGGACCGCGCACUUGGCAUUGACAAGCUGGUUCAGGGUGGAUGUCUUGAACCAAUCCUUCAGCGACUUCCCACCCAGCCCUCCUCAUCAUCCAGUGUGACCAUGGAUCCUAAGUUGACAGCAUACUCCGCUCCAUUCCCCCAAGGUCCGCCCCAGUUCCCUUCAGAAUUGGGUGGAGUACGUGGGUUUGGCCUUGGAUCACCACGGGGAACUUUCCAUGGGGGGAUGACUUUGAGGCCUGGAAUGCCUCGUUCUCCUACCACGUCCAAUGAACUCCGCCUACCCCCAAACCAGCUUAGACUCCAGCUCCAGCAGCGACUGCAGGGACCACAGCAGAAUCGCCUUAUGGCUAUAGGACAGUUUUCACAGGGAGGGCAUAUUUCUGUGGGACUUCAUCAAUCAGGAUUGCAACCAUCACAACUGCAAUCACAGCCUCCACUGAAUGCUCAAAUGCUGGCUCAGCGGCAAAGGGAGCUCUACAGCUUCCACCACAGACAACAACAGCUUCUCCAGCAGAAAGUAAUAAUGUUGAGCAAGAGCAUAGGCCCAGGACUGGGGGUCCAUCGAGUACCUAAAAGUUUUCAGCAGCAAGGGCCAGGCCAGGGCCCAGCGCAGAGCCAACAACAGCAGUUUGUUUACUCAACUAGAUAUAGCACUGCAUCAAGUACCACCCCCACCUCACCCAGUCAUUUCAAUCGGAUCGGAGGGCCUCUGGAUCCAAAGCUUCCUGGAAGGGUGACCUUGGACAAUCAGAGCAUGAUGGGAACUGUGCAAGGGCAGUUUGGGGCAGUAGUAAAUUCCCCUGGACAAUACGGAGACACAUCUUUCCUACCUGAACUUAGUCCAGCCAGCCAUCUUCUGUCACCACAGAAUACCUCACAGAAUGCUUUGUUGCAACAGGCCCCACAGUCAACUAUAUACCAGUCACCUGACAUUAAUAAGAAUUGGCAGCAAGCUGCAAUAGGCAAUAACAGUCUGUUUAACCAGGCUGGACAGAAUGCCCCCCAGGCUUUUGGACAGCAGGGCCUAUUCAAUAACAUGAGUAUAACUGUGUCCAUGGCUGGUGCCUCGGAAGCUGUUGGAUCAAUACCUCCAAUGGGUCCUCCUGUUGCCAUGGGCAACAACAACCUCUGCAGUAUCAGCUCCAUAUGUAAUGAUCAGGUACAGCAAGUCCAGGUGUUUGCUGAUGUUCAGUGCACAGUAAAUCUGGUAGGGAGUGAAUCGUAUCUCAGCCAACCAGGUCCUAUGGGAACCCAUAAAGGGCAGAGUGGAGCCCAAUCAGCCCAGUCACAGCAGAAAAGUCUCCUACAGCAGCUCCUGACAGAGUGACGCCAGCACUAUCCUUGAGGAUAUGAUGGAGGAACCUCUCAACACAGAGAUCUGUUUUCCUCACCUUUGAUUUCUUUACAGCGUACCAGCAGGAUUACUGAGUGUGGGGCUAUUCUUAUGGGAGGUUCCCUUGGCAGUAAGGGUAUCUUGGAGCCCAACUUCAAAAUCAGCUUCUCUGUGGAGGAAGAUCCAAUUACAGACCAGCUUUAUGUUUGAGGGACCUGCUACCUCUCCUUAGUUCUGCCUUCUCAGUCAAUCUCUGAGUGGUACUACUUGGGGACCAGGGUAGCAUCGAAUCCAGAUGGGUCAUUAUUGGAAACUUUGACCUUUUUCUAGUUGGAUUCACAAACAAUGGCUUUGGCCAGUUUUUGGGGAUUGUGUUUAUUUCUCAUGCAUUGAAGGCUUAGUUUCAGCUGGAUCUGUGACACAUGGCUCUCCUCUGCAGUGCCUGAUGGGAUAACUUUCCCUGUUUAUUUUUUAUAUCAUUUUAGGGCUGUUUAAUUCAUAUCUGUCUGUUGUCAAUGGCAGAACAAAUGUCAUAAGGAUGGGAUACUGCACUGGUUUUUAAAGUGUCUGACUUUUCCUGGGAGAGUGCCCCCACCCCUCAGCAGCUGUGAAGAAGAGGUUUGCAGGCUCCUGUUGGCCUCUCAGUGCAGGUUGGCAUUGUUGUACAGCACAGGCAAAGACAUUCUCUUUUUACCUACCUACCUUAAAACAACUGUCACUUUUAAACCAUCAAUAUUGUGGAUUUCUUAAAUCAGGUUUUAUAUGCUAUAAAUGGGACAUGUGCUUUUAUUUUGUCAGAUUUAUGAUUUCCCCUCAAUGAAGUUAUGUUUUACACAAAGAAAAAACAUGAGUAUAGAAAUGUAACUUAACUAAAUCUUGUCCGAGGAUAUUCAGAUAGAGAACAAAAGAUAAUGUAAUCAGAAUAUGGAAAUCCAUCGAAUCAAGUGUGUUAAGUAAAUGUUGCAAUUCAUCUUCAGUCCUUUACAGCAUCUCAAGGAAAUGUACUAAGUGCAUCAAUACGAUGCACCAAAUAAUAUAUUCCCAAGAGUAAAACAUCCAUACAGUUUAUUUUCUCUGGAUCAGAUGUGAUAAUGUCACUGGUCAUCCCACUAAAGGCUGUACACUACAGAUUUGGACUGCUCAUGUGACUACUGUGCUUCAGUCAGACACUGUCUAUCAGCACUACAUUUUUUUAUCUGUAUUAUUCCGCUUCUAAGGAUCCACAAUUCCAAUUAGUACAAUAUUUUCACAUACCUCAAGGCUGGGAGAAACAGUGCAUCUUACCAAGCAAUAACCUUAGACAACCUUAGACAGGGUUAGAAAACAGAUUCCUUAAAAAUAAUGUUGUUCAUUGUGGUGUAUCAGUAUUUGACCCAGAGGAAUCAAAAGUUCAAGGGUAUAGCCGUUCUUAUCAAUGUCUGUUUCUGCAUAUAAAGUUUCUUCACAAAAUGUGCAAAUGUUACUCUAGGAUGGCAGAUCAACUUAUUUUUUAUACUACUCAAAUUUAGUCUAUGUCGAGGAUGUGUAUGGCUUCUGGUGUGUGUGUGUGUGUGCGUGCGUGUUUGCAUUUAUUUCUAUGCUGUUUGUUCAAAAACUGGCUCAGAGGCCCUCUCUUUUGCCAUUCCACAAGUCAUCCUCUUAGCAAUUGGAUAACAGUUUGGUAUGGACUUGGUCAUUUUGGUUACAUUAAGAAAUAGCUGUCUGGGAAAGUUGAAUGUCUUCCUGUCCGUUUUGUGUGUCUUAUUGUGAUUUAGUUUUUUGGGGUUUUUUUAUUUAAUUUUUUUUUACUCAAGAUGAGAACUUGUUUGAAUUUGUGGAUAAGAGAUACAUUUCUUCAGGUGUGGAAAUGGUUUGUUAUUAAUGCGUAAUUGCAAGAUGGACAGGAAGAAUGUCAUAUACUGUAUAAACACUUGUGUUUUUGUUUUUGUUUUUGUUUAUCUGUCCAAGAAAUGGUGAAGCCAGUGGGUUCCUGAGCCUGUUUUUAACUGAUUAAUUAACCUAUGAUUUUUCAAAGAUUAAUAGAUGGAUAAAUAUAUGUUAACACUUUACUUGAAGAUAUCUACAUAAGAGUGGCAUGACACUGUCAUGACACAUGAACCCUAACCCUAACCCUAACUUGUCAUGACAAAAACUGAAUGACACUUUGUCAACUUAACGUUAUGUCAACGUUUAUGACUUUUUAUAAUGUUUGACACGUUCAUGACUGUGUCAUGUCACUCUUAUGUAGAUACCUUUAAGUAAAGUGUAACCAAAUAUACAUGCAUAAAAAAGGAAGCCACAAAAAUUAACAGAAUGCUUGUAGUGUUUCGCUAGUGUGUUGACCAGCUGAUGUUGCCUUUGAAACAUUUUUUAAAUGUUGCUAAGAUGGGGUUGUAACAUUUCUGCUGUGCCUCUCUGGGAACUGGCUUUCCUGUUUUGAGAGUUGAGAUUACAUCUUGUGUAAUUGUUGAUUGGAUUUAUCCAUUUUAGCCUGGUAACAAGCCCCCUUUCCCCACUGUAUUGGACAUAGGUUUAUGCCAAAUAUCUAGCACUGUUUUACUAUUCCUGUUAACAAUGAUUUAGUCUAUCAUGCAAGUGAUUCAGUGGUGAUGGUUUGCAUUCAGUACAGCACAGACAUACAAAGAAAUUUGAAACUUUGCUCAACCAGUCAGCAUGUCUAUAACAGAUAAUGUGAGUAUAUAUCUCUUAAGAAUCUGUUGUGUGUAGUGCUUCAAGUUUGUGAUCAUAACUACUCACCUCCAUUUUUCUUUGAUUCUCUUGGGUUUGUUUUUAGUUGUGUGUGUGUUACCUGUAAGUCUGUCUGUGUGGGAGAUACAUAGAUACUGUAUAGUGUGGAGCACAUGUAUUUGAUACCAUGCUAAAACAGGAAUAUAAAAUCAUCAUUUGACAAUUGAUCUUAAUGUCUCAAUUAAAAAAAUGAGUAAAAAUUAA